UUAUGAUCAAAACGUCACAUCUUGUUUACACACAAUUUUUCACGUCGAUCUCACAGCGCAAUGAUUAGGAUGGGAAUUGGAAGCUUGUCAUGAAAAUCUGCUACAGGCUCCUUUUGGUAUUAUUUCUUGGAUAUGUUCCGGGAUAUGAAGAAGCGACUGGUCCUGUCCCAUGUUUUCCAAAGUGUCCGUUAUCGGAGGAAGGUAGGCGUCUCUGUGAGUCGCUUUUAUUAUUGGAGCCAUGCGUCGAACUUACCAAAAGACCAUUAGAUGAUGCGACUGACACAUGCAGCUGUGAGUGGUCAGAUGUUUUAAGUCAUCCCGGAUACAGCUCGGUCCCGGAUAAUUCUAAAUGUCUACUGUACUCCCUGGAAACUUGUGAUGCGAAGAUACGUCAUUCGCGAGACACUACCGGAAGAGGGUAUUCUAUUAACAAUUUUGUGCGGGAAAUACAAAAUGAGAAUUCUCGCAUUGAAAAAAUAACAGACGAAUCGGAGAAACGAGAAGCCAAAGUCAGGAUGUUGAGUGCCGUACGUGACAUCAUUAACCUGAUAAGGAAACUAGAAGGCACCCAGACAGGGAAACCCGGAGGAAGUGCUUCCAAAGAUACACGAACAACUGGAGCAACUCAUACGGGACAAAAUCAAGAUCCCCAGUUCACAGGGAAAAACAGAGGAAGUAUUUUCAAAGAUACACGAACAACUGGUGCAACUCCUACGGGAAACGAUCCAGAUCCUCAGUUCAUGGGAGUUUGGAAUACACCAGCAGCAACGACGAAAAAGCCCCCAGUUAAGAUGUCACCGAUGAAGAAUGAUCACAGAUUCGAGAUCGCCAUGUUCGCAUCUGUUAUUUUCUUACUGCUGGUCAUUCUCGCCCUGUGUCUUCUAGCAAAGCUGAAAACGGACCGGGCCGGAGUAAAUCUGGACAUAGUUGGUGACCUUGACCUCGAAAAGCGACGGUAUCAUAGACUACCCUGGAGAACCUUGUUAGACAAACUUCGUCUUCGCAACAGGGAAAAGGCAACGGAGAAUGCGCGGAGGGGGCAGUUUAGCCGAGGACUGUUAUCUCACAACAAAAUUGGCAAACCCCCAAUGGCAGUACCAUCAAAAAGUUCAUUAGGAAGAAAGAACUCCAACACAAGUGUUAAGGACAAUGUGGACAAGAAGACUGAUAGCUGUACAUUGAUUUCUGGUCUCACGCACGGAAACACAACCGGAAGUGACGUAGAGUUAGACAAUGAGUUUGGGAUGUUCAAAACAAACUUCCAAGAGGAUUUUAAGUCUUUACUAAACGCCAAUCAGGAUAAAUAGGUGAAACGUUA